AUGUUAUCACACCACGAUGCUGAUGAUUUGGUUAUGAGUGAUGAGGAAUUUGAUGGAGAAGAUUUGGUACUCGAACCAACAAUUCAAAACAUUCUCGAUCAAAAGUCAUUGCAAUGGAUUUUUGUAGGAGGAAAAGGAGGUGUCGGAAAAACAACAAUUAGUAGUUCGAUUGCUAUGCACUUGGCAAAAGUUAGAAAGAAUGUCUUGUUGAUUAGUACAGAUCCUGCUCACAAUUUAUCUGAUGCUUUUGCUCAAAAGUUUAGCAAGGAUCCAACACUUGUUAAUGGAUUUGAUAAUUUAUAUUGUGUUGAAAUUGAUCCAAGUGAUUCUAAGAGUGCUCUUUCUGGAUUAUUUGGUGAGGAAGAUGAAAACUCUGAAGAAUCUGGUAUUUUCAAGAAUUUAAUGAAGAAUGUUUCUAGUAACAUGCCAGGUCUUGAUGAAGUUGAAAGUUUUGUACACAUUUUAAAGCAAGUUAGAAAUAGUAACUUUGAUGUAGUUGUUUUUGAUACUGCUCCAACUGGUCACACUCUCAGAUUGCUCUCUUUACCAAAUGUUUUGAAGAGUACUCUCGGAAAUAUUUUAGGAUCAAAUAUUGGUAAAAUGAUAACUCAAUUUGGUUCAGUUUUUGGAUCUAGUGGUGCUACUCCUCAAAUUGCUGAAGAACAAUUACACAAAUUCUAUGAUAGUGUUGAUCAAAUUACUCAACAAUUCCAAGAUUCAACCAAGACAACCUUUAUCUGUGUUUGCAUUCCAGAAUUUUUGUCUGUCUAUGAAACUGAAAGACUUGUCCAAGAAUUGACAAAUUCUAAUAUUGACUCACAUAAUAUUGUUGUCAACCAACUUGUACUCAAGGAUACUGUAAAGGAACCAUGUGAAAUGUGUCAAGCCAGAAAGGCCAUUCAAUCCAAAUAUUUGAAGCAAGUUUUCGAACUUUACGAAGAUUUCCACAUUAUUCAAAUGCCUCUUCUUGGAAAGGAAGUCAGAGGUGUUGAAGCUCUCAAUGAUUUUAAGGAAAUGCUCCUCAAUCCAACACCAUUAGCUUAUAAACGAGAAGAUCUUAAAUAA